CAUGCGUACGCAAACUCAGCCAGUUUAAGAAAGUUACACUUUUCCACCUCCUCCCUCCUCCUUCUGCCCUCCAAAAAGCGAGACCGUGCUGCAGAGCUGCGGAUCUGGUACAGCUUAGACUUCUAAUCACUUCGGACUAACGCAACAUACCCUAACCGGUCGCCGCCUCACACAGCUUCCAAAAAGGGGAAAAGCAGCAUUUCUGUGCAUUUUACAAACUUGAAUUAUCAUGGUGAAGCUCACGGUUUUAUUCUUUUACUUGUUGCACAGCGGGUUCAAUUUCAUAGCUGGACAGCAGCAGCAGCCACAACGGGGUCGCUUACGGACCGGGAUGCCGUGGAGACAGAAGAUCCAGUGGGAAAAUAACGGGCAGAUGUACAGCUUGCUAAGCACCGGGUCCGAGUACCACCCGCCAGCAGUAUCUGCAGACAGAAGGACGGGGUCCCACAGCGUCUUACUGAGCACCAACCGGGAGGGAAGCAGCCGCCAAGCAGCGGGCGCAUCUUUUGAUGUGGAUAAUGGACCCAGGGCGCCAGUACUGAGCCUCUCGGACCCGGGACCGGCCCAGCAGCAGACGCUCAGCUCCGGGUCAACCAUGUUAGACGCUGAUUCUAGAGCUUAUAUGACGGUCAGCCGUGGGUCGGGUGCCAGGCGUUCACCGCAGUCUGGCGCGUCACGCUCGUCCUCGGCUAGAUCGGCGGGCAGCCCAGGCGCACGCAGAUAUCAAUCGGGGUCCAGUUCGGGUUGGAAUAACGUCACUGCUGCGGGGGUUCUUCCAGAAUUCUCAGGCAGCGGAGCCCCCAGAGGCGGGAGGAAUCCCCCUCGCGGUGACGUCAGUGUGGCUGGUGCAGGGGUUCCAGGAAGGGACUCAGAGCCACCCUCUUCUGUCUGGCCGGCUCCAGGGAGUUCUAACACAAACGAUGGCCGUUAUGUGCAAUCACCUCACCAACAGGGAAGCAGGGUGCAACAAGGGAGAACUAGUGCUGGGAGUGACAGCAGGUGGGGCCAGUCGGUCGACACGGUGACCAUUACCGGCGACGACGCUAUGCCUAACCUAUCCCCCACAACGUCAAUCGCUGGCUCCAACGCGGACCUGCGAGACGUGGCGGUGUUAGAGUCUGACGACGAGCCCCAGGCGGUGGGGGGCAUGGCGGGGGACGACCCCCAGAACCCGUACAAGAACAGCAGGAACACGGUGUUCUAUAAUGUCUACCCCUCGCCCUCGGGGGCCGGGCGGACUCGCAUGACGGCUCGCACUCGGAGGCCCCCGGGGACGGGUUACGGUACCAGGUACUUUCAGAACGGUCUCCCGGAUCUUAUCCCUGACGCCUACUUCAUCCAGGCAGGUACCUACAUCCAGAGAGUGCAGAUGUAUGCUCUCAGGUGUGCUGCCGAGGAGAACUGCUUAGCCAGGUCAGCUUAUAGGCCUGGUGUGUCUGACAUCCAGUACAGGGUGCUGCUACGGUUCCCCCAGAGGGUCAAAAACCAAGGAACAGGAGAUUUCCUACCCGUCAAGCCAAGGCACCAAUGGGAGUGGCACAGCUGCCAUCAGCACUAUCACAGUAUGGACGCCUUCAGUAACUAUGACUUGCUUGAAGUGUCCUCUGGCCGUAGAAUGGCCGAGGGUCACAAGGCCAGCUUCUGCCUGGAAGACACGUCCUGUGACCCGGGAUUCAGACGCCGCUACGCCUGCACAGCACACACGCAGGGAUUGGGUCCUGGUUGCUACGACACCUACAACGCUAACAUCGACUGUCAGUGGAUUGACAUCACAGAUGUGCAGCCAGGAAAUUACAUCCUCAAGGUGACUGUGAACCCCAAUUUCCAGGUGCAGGAGUCAGACUUCUCCAACAACAUAGUGAGGUGUGACAUCUCAUACAGUGGCAGCUACGUGUCGACACGCAACUGCAGGGUCUCCAGCUACUGAACUGAAACAAGAACCAAAAAGAAGGGACCUCAGUGCUGUCAUUUUUAUUGCAUUGUUUUUAUUUUCUCAAACUGAAAAACAUGUCCUUUUUUUUUACCGCGAUUUCUACAGUGUGUGCAGGUCCUCUUUUGUCUUAGUAGGACUAACUGGAUGCGUUUUCUCACAUUUAAUUACUUUCCUUAAACAAAAAUCAGACGCACGAGCCUCGUGGAGAACACUUGCAUGGAGACAUGUGUAGCUUCGGUUUUAUUUUGUUCUGUUUUUCCUAUUAAAGUUUUUUUUUUUUUUUAAAUUGAUCUUUGUGACAGUGCAUUAGUGCUGAAGAACACUGUGUUCAUUUUACAAUAUGACUUAUUUUCACUACAUCUUGAUAACUGCCCAUCUAGCUGUGAUUAAACUUGAUAUGGACAUUCCACAGCUCUAGUUAUUGAGGGUUUCACAAUGUGUGAUCUGUGUUUUAUAUCGCUGAUGGGGGGGGGGGGGGGGGGGUGUAUUCUGCUAUUCUGCCUCCUCCACCUCACUUUUACAUCAGAUUUUUUUAUAAGCAGUGCAGUACUGAGCUGCUGAGAGCAGCAAUAAACACGACCAAGUCAGGUUUGUUUCAGACUGGUGAUAGGUGAGAAGCUGUGGAGUACUUUAUUUGGAACCCUGUCUGUCCUUCGAGAAGUAAUAAAACCCCUGUAGGCAGGGUCCUUGGAAUAACCCAGCUCAGCAACACUGGUUUACUGGUGCAUCUGUCCCUGUUGUGUGCUCAGUGAAACCUUUGCACAAAACCAAAAGCAUGGCACAUACUAAAAAGUAAAGCAGAAUUGUUACACCACAGAAUUGCUAGAUGUGUCCAUGGUCCACAAUGCAAGGGGUAUCCCUGUUCUAUAUUGAAGCUGAAGGCUUUCUCUGCUCAUGUGUUGUGUAAAUGUCACUGAUGCCUGUGCCUAUUGUCAUGUUUAAAAUGGUAUUUAAUCAACAGGGCCAUUGUGUUUCUUUAGAAAUAUGUUUUUAAUACUGAAUUUACAAUAAACUUUGUCUAUUGGGAAAUAUA